AUGAUCAAUUUUGGUGACUUGAAAACCGCUUCGGCCCUGAAGAAGCUAGAUGAUUAUCUGCUUACCAGAAGUUAUAUAUCAGGGUUUCAGCCUACUGAAGCGGAUGAAUCCGCCAAUCCUGAACCAGCUAAAUGUACAUCGCCUGCCGCGAGUGACGAGCUCGAUUUAUUUGGCUCUGAUGAUGAUGAAGAUGAAGAAUAUGAAAAACUAAGAAGUGAGCGCCAGGCUAUUUACGAAGAGAAAAAAGCAAAGAAGGAUAUUCCUGCAGCAAAGUCUAUGGUUGUCUUUGAUGUAAAACCGUGGGGCGACGAAACUGAUAUGGCGGAGAUGGAAAAGGCUGUCCGUAGUAUUCAAGCCGAUGGGCUGUUAUGGGGUUCGUCAAAACUUGUCCCUUUGGCUUAUGGGAUUAAGAAACUCCAAAUUGCAUGUGUUAUUGAAGAUGAUAAGGUUGGAACUGAUAUGUUAGAAGAAGAAAUAAUGAAGUUUGAAGAAUUUGUGCAGUCAGUUGAUAUAGCUUCUUUUAACAAACUCUAG